UGAAAACAGGGCAAUAACGUUGAUAGACACCAGUUGGAUCAAGUCAAAUAUUUUAGCGAUAUUUUCAUUCCUAUAGAGAGUGAGGCCUUCCCCUCUUAAAAGAAUAUUAUUAUGAAAAUGAAUAUAUACGUUUUAUCGUCCAUCUUCUUCAUCUGUGGAUUAUUAUCUUCGGCAAUUGGUUCUGACAUUGAUCAAUGCCCGAAAGGUGUUCCCAGAAACAGAUUUUUGAGAACAUUCAAGGGACAAUGUUACCAGUUUAAUAAUUUUGAACGGAGAUGGAACGAUGCUCAGAGAUAUUGUAGUAACUACCAUGGUCAUCUUGUUGUCAUUAAAUCUGCUGAAGAACAGAAUUUUAUCAUGAGUUCUUUAAGAAAGUUACAUUGGAAUAGAAAUGGGGUUUGGAUUGGAGCCACUGAUAGGCAUAAAGAGAUGCAUUGGCAAUGGUUAACAGGUGAAACCAUAAGUUAUAGUAAUUGGGCAAGUGGACAACCAAGUUGUAGCUGGUUAUGCAUAGAAGAUUGUGGUCAGCUAAGAUAUCGAGAUGGUGGAAAAUGGCAUGAUUAUCCGUGCAACAGUAUUCCUUAUCUCUAUAGCUUCAUCUGUCAGUAUGACAUGACACCAACUACAACGACGUCAACAACGACUGAAAUGACUACAACUCAUUCUAGUACAACUGUUGUACCUCAAACUACAACGGCAGAAAAAAUAGAGAUAGUCUAUCAAGAUUUGAUGACAAAAAACAAAGGAUCUUCCCUAAAUCAAGUUCAUAAUAAAACACCCAUUGUUACCACGACAACCAGAGCUAAUAAUGACAAUAUACAUGUUCUUUUGAACGACAUGACACCAACUACAACAACUUCAACAACAACCUCAACAACAACUGAAAUGACUACAACUCAUUCUAGUACAACUGUUGUACCUCAAACUACAACGGCAGAAAAAAUAGAGAUAGUCUAUCAAGAUUUGAUGACAAAAAACAAAGGAUCCUCCUUAAAUAAAGUUCAUAAUAAAACACCCAUUGUUACCACGACAACCAGAGCUAAUAAUGACAAUAUACAUGUUCUUUUGAACGAUGGUGGUCAACAACAUCAGAUGUUGGGACAAGAAGAAGAUAAAGCCAUGCCAACAGGAACAACCAUAGCUUUAGUUCUAGGUAUUCUACUGGGUUUAAUGGUUGGUGUUUGUUUUGGUGCUGUCUGUUUUAUAAGAAGACGAAGGAAAAAGCCAGUAGAGGAAUCAAGUGUUGGUUAUGCCAAUCCAUAUUAUGGGGAAGCUGCAAAUCAAGGACCAUAUUCUGAUGAUGAGACUAGUCACAUAAUUGAUCCAUCUUGUACCAUGAAAGAAAAUAGUUACGUUCACGACGAAUCACUGCCAUCUGUAUCUUUGAACAAUCCUACGUAUGGUAAACUUGUUAUGGCGAUCGAUGAAGAAUACGAUCUGCCCAAACCCUCACCAUGUGGUGCUUCUAGUGACACUUAUGAAAAUUCUCAUCCAGUCGAGGAAAACUUCUAUGAAGAUAUAGAUAGCGUUAAAGCCACCAUAGCACUCAAUGAAGCGAGAGAGCAAAAAGAGGAGGAGGAGGAAGAUAGAUAUGUUGCCAUGCCAACGAAAAGUACAGUAUGAAGUAGUUCUUUACUGUAAGUGAUAUUAACUAUUUCUGUGAGGACAUUUAAUGUGAAACUGCUAGUGGGUUUAACUAAUUUAUUGUUAAUAUCUUUAUAUAAUUUGUUAAAAUAUAGUUUCAUUAUAUAUUGAUAGAUUAAAUUGUAAAACUAAAUUCUGAUCGGAUGUUUUUAUCGAAAACCUACAAAAGUGGCAUGAACAAUGUAAGUGAAUUUGAAGCUGUGUCAGAUUCUUCUCAUGUAAAUGUACAGUAGAAUCUGUACUGUAUAUCUAUAUAUAUAUCUGUAUGUAAUAUGUAUAUAAUAUAUAUUGUAAAAUAUUCAUUCCUUUCAUUGUAUAUUAAUGCUUUUAUAAGAUGUAUAUAUCUUGUAUAUAUAUAAAUAUAAAUAUGUUAUGUAUGUAAUGUUUGUGCCAAAUAUUGUGCAAUUAUCUAGAUUAAAGGGGCAUUAGGUAAGAUUAGAUAAAAGAGCUGACAGUUUUCACUAUAAUAGUUGAAAAAAUAGAUAAUGAAAAUGAAAUAUGCUGAAAAUUUCAGUCAAAUUGCUUCACUCUGAACUGAGAUGUUAGGCUAGCCUCGAAUGUCAUUACUUUGAAGCGAUAAUAAACCAAGUCUCAAUGUUAAAUUAUCCAUCACAAAAUGUAUUCAAAUCCACUAAAUAUUGCAGACUAACGAUGGCAUCGAGUGUUGAUUAUAUUCUGGAUAAGUUAAUUAAUGUCUAAUUAAUAAUUUAGAUAAGAUUUCAGGCUUAAAGAAAAACCUGCAAUAGGCACGUAGGCUGUUGAUGAUUAAACCGUAAAAAUAGAUAAUCGAGACUUUGUUUAUUAUUGUAACAAUGGCAACAAUGACAAUCAUUGAGGCUACAGUGUUAUUAAAAUCAGUGAGAUUUUCAGCAUAUUCCCUUUACAUUAUCUGUUUUUUAACUAUUGUAGCAAGAACUGUCAGCUCUUUAUCUAAUCUUCCAUAAUGCAGCUUCAAGAAAACACUCAAAAUGUCAACGCUAUAUAAUCUCCUAACAUAAAAUCCAGGGUUCACUUUUAUAGACCAACCAAAAUCCUGUUUAUGUAUAUAAAUUUCUAUGCGUAUUGUUAGACUACAAGAAAUCCAAGGAAUUAUUUCAGAAACCGAAAGUCUUUUAUGGUGAAUAGCCUGAGACAACUUCACAUUUUAUUGACCAAUCAAAACCUUGUUAUGUAUAUUGCUACGCAUAUUGGCCGAGUAAAUCCCAAGGUAUGGAGAAGGUCAAAGAGGAAUCUGAGUGGUAAAAGAAAUCUAAAAUAAUACCCCCCCCCCCCCCUUACUUUCUUCCAAAAGAACUCUUCAAUUUUAUAGAUAUACUACUUAGAGAAAAUUCUGAAACUCGAAAUCUAGUCGAACGCCUUAUAAGACUUGGUUCUAUUAGGAUCUAUUCCAAUUUCAGGUCUCCGGGUCCUCCGGUUUCCUCCCACUGCUAAAGACCCCUAUGCGCAAGCGAAUUAUUGAAAUAAAAUUAAACCAUAUGUUAGUCCCGAAAUGACCUAGUUUGUGUCGAGUGGACGUUAAACCCCAUUUCUCUCUCUCUCUCCAAUUUCAGGUUACUUAUCUAGAUCUCAUCACAUUUUGGACUAGGCAGUAAUUGUUUUAUAAACUACAUAUAAUAUCAAUUGAGUGUAAUCAUCAAAUGUCAUUAUAACAAAUCUAUUUCAUCCAUUAGAUCAGUUUUAAAUUUGAUAGUCAAUAUCUUUGUAUAAUAUUGUAUAUAAAAUGAAUUAGUCAUGUUUUUUUUUUAUAUAGAGACAAACGAAUUGUAAUCAUAAUAAAUUGUGUUCAAAGAAAAUUAUCAGAUAAUGUUUUGUAUAUAGUUAGAGAAUUAUACAAUUGAUGUCUACAGAAAAAUGGCAAUAUAUAUUAUGUACUUUUAAAACUGUAGUGUAAAAUAAACUGUUGACAAAAACUGUUGCAUGGUUUCAAACAAGCCAUUCAAUUUUGUAAAGGAGUAUGUGGGUGGGUGAGGUGUGGGGGUGGUUUUUACUGUUUGUAUCACAAACCUAAUUUAUUCUUGUUUUAGAGUUUUUUCAGUCUUUUAAUUUUUAUUCUAUCGAGAUAAGUUUUUCUCUUGUAUUCCAUGGAUCCAUGCAGUCACAGUCUUCUGGCAAAAUUUCCCUCAUACAAAAUUGCCUUCAUUAACCUGGUUGGUGCAGAAAAGUAGGAUGUCAUUCCAUUCCAGGGGGUUGGAUGGCAGAAUGGUUAGCCCGGGUGCGUUGUAUGAUAAGGUCUGUCAUCGAGUCAACUGUCGUGGUUUCGAUUCCAUGGUUGUACGUGACGAGUAGUAAGGUCACCUGUCCAACCUCGUGGGUUUUCUCUGGGUCCCCGGUUUCCUCCCACUGCUAAAUACCUCUAUGUGCAAGCGAUUUAUUGAAAUAAAAUUGAACCAUAUGUUAGUCCAGAAAUUACCUAUUUUGUGUCAAGUGGAUGUUAAACCCCAUUUCUCUCUCUCUUUCGCUCUCAUUUCAUUCUACAUGCAAUGAUCUCUAAUCGCCGGAGAUCAGAAUUGAGAUGAGAAUUCGACCGUGCUAUCUCCAGGUUUGCAUGUAGUUUCUAUGGUAAUUCUAUAUUAUUAUUACCAUCCACUGUCAUGUGUUUUAAACCCCAUUUCAUUUCAUUUCAUUUCUGUCAUGUGUUCAUUACUAAAUUCUUGUGUUUCUUAUGUUGAAAGAAUUAAAUAAUAUUAUUAGUAUUGUAAUAUUUUGGUUAAAAUGUAUUAAUUUAUAGUGAUAAAAAAUCAAAAUAUGUAAACAAUUAUUAAUGUAAGUAUUGCUUAUUUAUGCUCAAUUGUAAAUACACAUACCUAGCUUUUUAACAUGCCAUUGGAAUAAAAAGAAAUAAACACUGAA